AUGUCUUACAGUACCUAUAGCUCCGGGCCCGUCCCUCCGACCAUCCUCGACGACCUUCCGGACCAGCUCGAUAUCUUGCAUCCCACCUUGGCAAUCCGCUCCAUCACACACCCAAGCCUACACAACUCGGCCAAGAGGCCCAGCUCGCCCUCCGGUAGCUCAAGCUUGACCUACGAGGAGCUAGCACACAUUGGGUCCGGCGUCAUCACCGCAGCCGUAUCGGCCCGGAUCUACGACCAGUAUCCUGACCUCCAGCCUCUGCCUUGCGACAUACUGCUUGGUCGGAUCUGCUCCAUCACCAUCCUUGCUCAAGUCUCCCUCCAUCUCGGCCUUCCUCGGUACCUCCGCGCCGAUCGGUGCCAGGCCGCCCAUCUGCGGGAUCUGCCUCACGUCCAGGCCGACCUUUUCAUGGCUCACAUAGGCGCACUUUCCCUCAGCCACCCUUCCCUUUCCUCCAAUGAGCUCACCUCAUACCUGGGAGCCAUCUUCGAUCCCGUCAUAGUCUGGGCGUUCGGCACCUUACUCUUCUCUCGCCAAGAUCUCGACGGUGACUGGUCGAUGAUCGACCGCGACGACCUCUCCAGUACAACCCCCCCCACACCGGUCGCCUACCUCAGAGGUACGCUGGAUCUGCCACUAUAUAAGGCUGUCCACGAGGCCCAUGUCAUCUGUCCGAUCGACGAGUAUGACGCUCCGCCACCUUAUACACCUGCCUGCGCGGUCUAUGCUGGAAGCGGUGAUAUGAUUAUGCCAUCCACCACUCGCUCUAGAAGGAGGCGGGCUCUCGCUGCGACAGCUUGGGAGCUGGGCAAUCAAGAGUUGGGAACAUAG